GCCACCAUUGCAAUCGAAAAGCCCAAACCAGUCCAACGUCGCGGGGAAGCACACAGUACUUUUCCGCGCAUGCCCACAUAAAAACAAAAUGGCGACGCUCAGCGGCGAUAAUGAAUACCCUCCAUAUUUGCCCGCCGGCCACAGUUCUCAUGCUGCUGUUGUUGUACCAGUGCCUCGCACCAGAGGCCAGAGCACGGACUGCGGUAAUCGCGUCUGGUAGUCUGGUUAAGUUCGGUACCGUUUUUCCCACCGUAUCGUUAGUGGCAGUGCCAUCGCGGUCUGAAUCUGAUAGUGCUGUCUUUUCAUCCAGUCGAGAAAAGAACAGGGACAUUCAGAAAUUGCAGCAGCAGAUACAAUGGAGACUGAACAUGAGUUGUUGAUAUACGAAGAAAAACAUAGUCAGACAUUGCAAAGACCGCAAGUUUCAAAGCGCAAGCCUAAAUUGAAUGGAGCUUUCAGAAAUAAAUAUAUCUUGCUCUCGAGUGUGCUUGCAACACUUGGUGGAAUUUUAUUUGGAUAUGAUUUGGGAAUAAUAUCAGGGGCACUGGUUCAACUUCAAGAAUACUUUCAACUUUCAUGUUUUGAGCAAGAAAUGACAAUUGGAUCCGUAAUUAUUGGAGCAUUAUUGGCGUCUCUUUGUGCAGGAUUUGUUGUGGAUUAUUUUGGUCGCAAAGCCUGCAUUAUUGGGUCAUCUGUAUUAUAUGCGAUUGGUGCGAUAAUUGUUGCGACUUCGCAAAGUUAUAAUAUUCUUAUUUGCGGACGUUUGAUUCUUGGGACUGCCAUAGCUUUAUCAAGUGCUUCUGAAUGUAUUUAUGUUUCUGAAAUUUCUCCGCCAAAAUUCAGAGGAACUCUUGUGUCGUUUAACGAACUCGGAAUCACUGUGGGAUUCCUUUUGGCAUAUUGUUCCAACGCUGCAUUUGCAUAUAAUACCUCAAGUGGAUGGCGAUGGAUGUUUGGAAUAUCUCUAGUUUUAGCUUUGGCCAUGACUGUUACUGUGUGUUUUCUACCGUAUAGUCCCCGAUAUCUUCUAAUGAAAGGUCGCAUAGAGGAAGCUAAACAAAUUCAUUCCCAACUGCAGUGCAAUGAUCAAUCGUCAGACGAAACCCUAAACGAGUGGAAUGCAAUGAAAUCUUUUAUUUACACUUCAAAUAAUCCAAAAUGUAAUGUAUGUGAUAUAUUUCGUGACACUGCAACUCGAUAUAGUGUAUUUAUUGGUCUGAGCCUAAUGGUGAUUCAGCAGGCAACUGGACAACCUAACUUGCUGUUCUAUGCCUCAACUGUUCUAGUGUCAUUUGGUUUUAAAGCCAAUGGUAUGGCUUCGUUUUGCUCUGUGGGUCUUGGUGUAGCAAAAUUAAUAUCAACAGCAAUAUGUAUAAGCAUAGUUGAAAAAUAUGAAAGAAAAGCAUUUUUAAUUGUUGGUAGUUUGGUUAUGUUUGUGUCUUUAUUAAUUAUUUCGUGUUGUGCAAUAAGCUUCAAUAUCGGUGUUGUUGAUUCUUGUAUGACUAAUCACACCAAUCAAACAUUCAAUACUGAGAUUGUCCCAGGCUCGGAAAUAGCACGAUGGGUUGUGUUAUUCUCUCUUAUUGCUUUUGUAUCAGCUUAUGCAUUUAGCUUUGGUCCCGUUUCGUGGAUAUUUUUGAGUGAAAUAUUUCCAACCAAAGUUCGUGGGAUUGCUUUCUCAAUUUCCACAAGUUUAAAUUGGGCUAUACAAUUGUUACUUUCAAUGACAUUUUUGGAUUUCUCAAAAGUAUGUGGCGGUGUUGGUUGGCCGUUCUUUAUAAAUUCAUUGCUGACUUUAAUGUCAGUUGUUUUUAUAUAUAAAGUAAUUCCCAAAACCAAAGGUAAAACACUUGAAGAAAUACAAGAAGACUUAAUUGCAAGAUAAAUCAG